GGCCAUUUCUCGCUCGCGUUUGAAGUUUGCCUUUCCGCCAUGGAAGCCUGCGAUGACUCGAAGCCAGGCAUGCAGCGGCGCACAGUGGACAUCGAGGCUGGCGGCUCUGGGGCGCCAGCGGCUCUGGCGCGAUGCCCUGUGCACCCUGCAGGAGAUGCGGUCGACCGGCGUAGAAGUGAGUGUAUUUGCACAGGGCGCGGCCAUCGGCGCCCUCGAGAAGACCUCCCAGUGGCCUGGGGCUCUGGCUCUCCUCUCGGAAGCCGAAACCGCCACAGGGCUCAACGCGGUGCUCUGCGGCGCGGCCCUGGGGGCCUGCGCCAAGGGCAAGGCCUGGCGCCAGGCGCUGCUAGUGUUGGAGACCAUGUCCUUCAACGCUUUGGAGGUGGGCGUUGUCGCCUGCAGCGUCGCGAUGAGGUGCUGCGAGCAAGAGGGCGAGUGGCAGCAGGCGCUGGAGGUGUUGCGAGCCAUGCUCGGCAACGCAGUUCUGCCUGAUGUGAUUGCCUAUGGCACGGCCAUGGGCGCCUGCCGGCACGGCGGUCACUGGCGCGGCGCCUUCGCCCUCUUGCAGGACACGAGUGCCCGGAGGCUUGGGAACGAGGUGGUGUACAGCAGCGCAGUGAGCUGCUGCGAGGCGGCCGGGCGUGCGGACCUGGCGGAGCUGCUGCUGCGAAGGAUGCGGCACGAGAAGAUCCGCCCCAACGAGAUCACCUUCAACGCGGCGAUCAGUGCCUGCGAGAAGGGCAGGUCCUGGGAGCUCGCGCUGGGCUUCUUCGAGAUGCUGCAGCAGGACGGCCUGCAGCCGGACGUGGUGUCCAUCAACGCGGGCACCAGCGCCUGUGAGAAGGGUGCGCGGUGGGAGGAGGCCCUGGGUCUGUUCGCGGCGGCCUCGCGGCUACAAGUCAAGCUGGACGCCAUCAGCCACAAUGCAGCCGCCAGCACCUGCGAGAAGGGCCUGCAGUGGGUGAUCCCGCUGCAGAUGCUGCACUCCAUGCCUUUGGAAGCUCUAGAGCCAUCGGUGGUGUCCUUCAACUCUGUGGUGAGCGCCUGCUGUGGGUGCCUGGGCUGGGCCUGGCCGCUCUUUCUGCUGCAGGACCUGCCGCGCCGGAGGCUCCAAGGCACGGAGGUCACCUGCAGCGCGGUGCUCACGGCCGCUUCCGCGCGCCCGGAGGUCUUCUUCAAUCUCCUUGACGGCUUCAGGAGAGUCGGUCGACUGGAUGCCAUCUCCUACUCAGCGGCCGUGCACGCAGUCGGUCAACUGGGCCGCUGGCAAGACGUGGUGCGACUGUUGCAGGAGAUGGCAGCCUCAGAGCUCGAGCCGGGUAUUGCCGAACUGGGCGUGGCCUUGGGCGCCUGUGAGGGCAGCCGAGGGCUGGAGCCGCCAGCGCGGCGGCUGUGCCAGGAUCUGCGCGAUUCGGCGGCGCGGCUGUUGAGGCCCCCUGGACAAAGACUCCAGCGGACGGCUCUGGCCGCAGGGCCGCAGGCCGCGCCAGCGCGCUUUCGCUCCCAAGCAAGGCCCUCUGGACAAAGACUCCAGCGGACAGCUCUGGCAUUUGGGCCAUGGGAGAAGGCCGCGUCAGCGCGCUUUCGCUCCCAAGCAAGGCCCUCUGGACAAAGACUCCAGCGGACAGCUCUGGCAUUUGGGCCAUGGGAGAAGGCCGCGUCAGCGCGCUUUCGCUCCCAAGCAAGGACCUUGCGCCGGGCCGCCUCGAGGGCGCUGCGGGAGGUGACCGCACUGCUGGCGCAGUGCCAGAAAUCUGGGCAGUGGCAGUUGGGGUUCGACAUCCUCACCGGGGCCAUGUCAGCGCAUGUGGAGGCGGACGUCAUUGCGGUGAGCAUUGCAGCCGGAGCGGCGCAGCAGGUGUCCGCCUGGGGUCCUUCCCUGGCCUUGGCAGAGGACGCGACUUGCAGGGGCAUUGCUCCCAACCAGGUGUCCUGUGGAACGCUGUUGGCCAGCUGCGGCAAAGCCAGGCAAUGGACCCAGGUGCUGCAAGCGCUGCGCACGGAGCCGGCGCCGGCGAUGGGCGCGGUGGGCUUCAACGCGGCCCUGUCGGCUUGCCGCACUGAGUGGCGAAGGGCCCUUCUCAUGCUGUCCUCAGCCACCUGCAAGAGGCUUGUGCCAGACGAGGUUGGAUACAACUCUGUGGCCGACGCAGUGUGCCAGUGGGCCGGGGCUGUCGCCUUGCUGAGGGUGGCGGAAGAGGCAGAGCUGCGCAUCGGAACGGUGGCGCUCAACACCCUGAUGGCUCAGGUGUCCUGGAGGCUGGCAUUUGAGACGUUUGGCCAAAUGCACCUCCACGGCAUCGAACCUUCCUUGGUGAGCAGCAACUCCCUGGGCACAGCUGCGGUGCGGGGCUCCGUGUGGCAGGCAGCUUUGCAGGACAGGACCUCAUCGAGGGAUGUGACGAGUUUCAACGUCGUGCUGAGCGCACUGGAUCGCGGCGAGAAGCCCCAGACUGCCCUGCGGCUUUUCACCGAUGCGCUUAGGCGCCGCGUGGCUCUGAGCGUGGUAUCCUUCGGGACGGUGGCCAGCGCCUGCAGCCGAGGCGCCCGGUGGGCGCCUGCCUUGUGGCUGCUGGACGCUUUGGCGCCCCGGCGCAUGGCGCCCAGUCAGGAGGUGGCCAACUCUGCACUGCUGGCUUGCAGUAGGGCCGGCGCCUGGCCCCGCACGCUGGAGCUGGUGAAAGAGCGGACCCCGGAGGAUGAGGCAGGCCUUGUGGCGGUGGCCAUGGCGCUGGAGGAGGCGGGGCGCUGGCAGCAUGCGCUGGCGCUGCUGGGCUCAGGCUUGCGGAGUGCCACACUCUUCGUGGCGGUCUGCAGUGCCUGCACUCGCGGCCGGCAGUGGGAGCAAGCUGCAGAAGUCUUGGAGGCUCCGUGCCAACAGGCGAUGAGCUGUGCCAGUCUGCGGCAGGACGUGGCCUCCCAAGGCGCCCAGCUGCAGCUGCUCUCCUCCGCGCACGCGGGGCUCUGGCGCCAGGCCCUCCACUUUGCGCCAGGCGCCGGGCCGGGCAUUCUGCGGAACUUCGCCCUGGCAAGCUGUGAGCAAGUGAGGCAAUGGGCUGCGGCUCUGGCACUGUGCAGCCAGGCGGCGCAGGCGUUCGCAGAACCAGACGUCAACACCUUCGGCUUGUUGCUGGGGUCUCAUGCGGCGGGCCAAUGGGAACGUUCGGUGACUAUCCUGAAGGAGCUCGUGUGCACGAGGCUCCCCGUGAACGAGGUCCACCUGGGCGCGGCAAUCACUGCACAGGAGAGCGCUUGGCCUGCGGCGAUCUUCUGGCUGGGCGGUUUCCGGCGCUUCAGGCUUCGCCUGAACGAGUCAGCCUUCGGGGCCGCGCUGCAGGCCUGCUCCGAGCCAGCCUGGCAGGCGGCCUUGGCGCUGGCAGAGGACUUGGGGGCGCGGGUGGUGCCGACGCUGCCGCUGCUCGCGAUGAAGAGCGCGGCACUGGAGAAGGGCCGGUGCUGGCAGCAAAAGGCGGCGGUGUUACACGCCGCAGGAGUUCAAGGACUACAGGGCCUCGAUUUCCAUCGCUUCAAAAGCUGAGAUGGGGGAGUGCCUAGGAUAUUGGACGGUAGAAACCCAGUUGGCCAGUGGGCUACCACCUAAAGCGCA